AGUGGGUGUGGGUGAAGAUUAGCCUCGAGGGUCAGGAGUGGGUUCUGAUGUCAAUGUAUGUUCCGUCAAUGUCGGCAGAACGCAGGUCUUUCAUAUCUGAUCUACCGAACGUUAUUCCUGACACUCAGAACCUAAUCCUGGCUGGAGAUUUCAACACAGUGCUCCAGCCAGGUCUGGAUUCACCUGAGUAUGGGCCAAGAAGAGCAGAUGUGACCUUGCUGUCCCAGCUGCUGGAACAACAAGGUCUCACAGAUGCCUAUAGACACCUCCAUCCCGAGGAUCCAGGGUACACCUGGACGGCUGCUCAAGACCAGGCAAAUCGAAUCGCCCCACGCAGAAGGUUGGACCUUAUGCUGGUAAAAGGACAAGCUUKGGAAUCUCUGCUGGACAUUGAAGUGGACAUGGAACCGCUAUCAGACCACUGGCCGGUGGUCAGUGUACUCAAGCUGAGUUCCGGGGUGAAAAGAGAACCAGGUUUCUUUCGAUUGAAUACAGAGAACCUCAUACAUGAAGGAAUCCUUGACUGGUGUGGCAGACAUUGGAGGGAUUGGGAAAGGACCAAAUCGUGGUUUGACUCAGAGGCAGAAUGGGCACAGAUUGGUUUCAGGAUAGUGACAAGAUCUCUGGACGUGUUCUCUCGCACUCUGGCCCGGGAGAGAAACAAAGAAGAACUAGAGUGUAAAUGGAUGGUAGAGGAAGCAGAACGCCAUAUUCGUAAGGAUCCAUAUACGGACCUAUAUUGGGAAAGGAGGAGGGAAAGAUGGAUGAGGAAGUGGGAGACGCUGCAAGUGGAACAACAGGAAAUCUGGGCAAAAAGAGCAGCAGAGAGAGGAAUGGAGAAAACGGACCGAAUGACGAAGAAAACGUUCCAGCGUUUGUGCCCAGCAAGAUCACACAGCACCAUCCGCGCUCUCCAACAUCCGUUUAACGCAAUGGCAGACCUUGCAGAGGACACGGAGUCUAUGACGAGUUAUGCAAGAGAGUAUUUCUCUGACAUCCUUACAUCAAGAAGACCACCGCAAAAAUCGUUGGAGGAACUUCAAGAAGAAGUCGAUACCUGGCAAAACCCCACGAAGCAGUUGGCACCACACCAAAGACAGACUCUUGACAGACCUUUCACACUAGAGGAACUGAAAACUGCGGUAGCCAGCAUGACAAGAGGGAAAUCGCUAGGGGAUGAUGGACUCCCAAUCGAAUUCUACGAAGCUACGUGGGAGCAGGUGGGACUGAUCCUGCUAUCUGUCUUCAAUCAAGUGCUUCAUGGCGGGCUGCUCAUAGAAGAUAUGUGUCGGGGAGUGAUCACUCUCCUCUACAAGAAGGGGGACAAACAAAACGUGAGGAAUUGGAGGCCGAUCACGCUUCUAAAUGUUUCAUACAAGAUUCUAGCUAAGGCCCUAGCUAGGAGAUUGGCUUUGUACUUACCGGAGUUGGUCAAUGCAGACCAAGAUGCGUUUGUCAAAGGGAGAUCGAUCGCUGAGAAUUUGAUAGUGGCAAUGGGAGCAUUGGAGAUAGUCAGCAAGGAGAGAAGACAAGUGGUUGUGACAAUGUUUGAUUUGGAAAAGGCAUACGACAGAGUAAACUAGUCAUUUGUCUUGGCCACAUUACAAUA